AUGGGUGUGAGCCUCCUGGAGGAAGCGCUGGUGGCGCGUUCCGAGGGAGAAGGCGCAAUGGGCCGCCUGGUUGAUGACAUCCUGCAGGAGGUGCGGAGGUGCUGCAAGGAGUCGGCUCUGGGGGCGCAUCGUCUGGCGCUGCGCGUGCUGCAGCACGGCUCCAGCGACGAGGGCAAGGCCUUCGCCCUGGAGGUGCUGGGAGAGGCGGGCGGACGCGGGCGGACGCGGGACCGCGGUUCGGCGGUAUUUUACCAGUGA